AAACCGUACAAACUUCCGGUCAGGAAGAUGGCGGCUUCCUAGAUCCCUGAGAUUGACUGGCCGCGGUACCUGGGCUGCAGAGUGGAACCUGGCGGAGUGACCGCGCGCGAGCUUUGUGUCGCUGUGGUCAAACUUCGAUACGGCUUGCUGCAGCUCCAGGUUCGUUCUGUUUGAGGAGCUGGGGGCUGCGCAGUCCCGAGACGUCACCCCGAGAAACGCACAUCCAUUGCACGGUCGGCGACUUGGGCUUCUGCCUCCCCACAGACCUGAUCACCCGAGUCCGCUCCCGGCUCUCGUGCACGAUCCAGUCACCCAGGCGCUGUAGCCUCGGGUGACAGAAACCCAGACACAAGCUCGCCAAAGCCAGCAAGGCAAGAUCCUGGCUUCUGCUAUCCCCUCUCCAUCCAAGCACCUAGGAGCCAUGGAGGUGGCUGAGGCCAAUAGCCCCACUGAGGAGGAGGAGGAAGAGGAGGAGGAGGAAGGGGAGGAGCCGACACUUGAGCCCAGACCUCACACACGCUCCAACCCUGAGGGGGCCGAGGACCGGGCCCUGGGAGCUCAGGCCAAUGUGGGCAGCCGCAGCGAGGGUGAGGGUGAGGCGGCCAGUGCAGAUGAUGGGGCAGCCAGUGUCCCAGGAGCCGGGCCCAAGCCCUGGCAGGUACCAGCACCAGCACCUGAGGUCCAGAUUCGAACACCACGGGUCAACUGUCCAGAGAAGGUGAUCAUCUGUUUGGAUCUUUCGGAGGAGAUGUCUGUGCCAAAACUGGAGUCCUUUAAUGGCUCCAGGACGAAUGCCCUGAACGUGUCUCAGAAGAUGGUCGAGAUGUUUGUGCGCACGAAGCACAAGAUUGACAAGAGCCACGAGUUUGCACUGGUCGUAGUGAAUGAUGACUCUGCUUGGCUGUCUGGCCUGACCUCUGAUCCACGUGAGCUCUGCAGCUGCCUGUACGACCUGGAGACAGCGUCCUGCUCCACGUUCAAUCUGGAAGGCCUCUUCAGUCUCAUCCAGCAGAAGACCGAGCUGCCAGUCACGGAGAACGUGCAAACCAUCCCGCCCCCCUACGUCGUGCGCACCAUCCUCGUCUAUAGCCGCCCGCCCUGCCAGCCCCAGUUCUCCCUGACUGAGCCCAUGAAGAAGAUGUUCCAAUGUCCUUACUUCUUCUUCGACAUCGUGUACAUCCACAAUGGCGCCGAGGAGAAGGAAGAGGAGGCGAGGUGGAAGGACAUGUUCUCCUUCAUGGGCAGCCUGGAUACUAAGGGCACUAGCUACAAGUAUGAGGUAGCACUGACUGGACCUGCUCUCGAGCUGCACAACUGCAUGGCCAAGCUGCUGGCCCAUCCGCUGCAGAGGCCCUGCCAGACCCACGCGAGCUACAGCCUGCUGGAGGACGAGGAGGCCAGCGAGGGAGAAGCCACCGUGUGACCCGUGACAUUUCUGCGCCACUGGGGAGCUCUGUGCACCCACGUCCGCUCCUACUGUGUCCGCUGUAAAUUCAUCCUUCCUGGGACAGUUUGUCACCAGAAUAAAAUCUGAGGCUGCCGA